UUUGAGCUAUGAAUUUGUGAGUUCUUAGCUAUUGCUUGCAGCCUUGGCAAGAGCUGGCACUUCCCUGUAAGCGUUACAAGCACUAUCUACUAUGACCAAGGCUAUUUACCAGUGACGCUAAAAUAUAGGUGGUUUUGGGGGGCAUAGAGGGCAGGGAGAGCGUGCCAACCAGGAAACCUAUAAUUAAUGGGCAGGGUUAAGGCUUAUCAGUGUCUAACCCCUGCUCCCCAGCCCCAACCUCUUGCAUGUUCAAUAUCUUCUGUGCACCAUUGCAAUGAACUUAAGGAACCCAGAAAAAGUGGAAAAUCCAAGGCUAAGAUCAGCAAUAUUUGCACAGUAAAGAGAUUACGUAAAGCUGCAGAAAAACGACUUACCGGCUGUUAUAUUGAAGACGCAUUUAAGAAAACAUGGAUCCAGUGACAUUUAAGGCUUUACCUGUUUUAUCUCUUCACUGACAUACAAAAUCCUCUGGCUGAGUCUGAACUAGGGUAAUUAAUCCAAUUCCUCUCAACCUAGGAUGCUUAAGUAGCACCUUCCCCCCCAAAACAGGAAAUCUUACAAACGUGGGGUCAGCUAAUGGCAAUUUCUCCAACCCAUUGGGAACUACUGGAGACUUUAUGAAAGGUACCUGGAGUCCUGGAACUCUUCACUGGUCACAUGAUGAGCAGUGACGGUUCCUUUAAGAUUUCAGGCACAGUUAGCCAGCUGUUAGGUGUUUAUCCCAGUUAGGAAUUCCAGGGUUAAGUUACUUGAAAACUUAGUUCACAAGCUGACGGGGAUGACUCCCCCUUGGACUGACUGAGAAAUCGCUGUUGCUGUCCCACUACCCACCAGAAAUAGUCCCUUAGCUUUCCUCUCUGCUCUGCCAAGAAAGGGGCUGGUUUAAUGAAGCUGUCCCUGCAGCAACUGUUUGCUGUCUCUCUUUUCCAGCAAUGAUACAGCAAGGUACCUAAUCACGUUAAGAAUCCCCACAGGAGCUGACGCUGCCCCCCCAGCCUCCUGCUGAGCUGCUGUUUAUUCAACUGGGGCACACUGGGACCUCCGGCUCUCCCCCUGCCCCAGCCCACACCAGGCCGGGAGGGCUAUAAAGGGCUCCGAGGAAAAGCCGAGGGGCCGGAGAGAGAGAUCUCGCUGUGCCUAGCCAGCUCACGCCAUGGAAGCUCCUGUCCACGCUCCCCUCCUGCGCUGGCUCCGGGGGCCCCCCGGUGCCUUGGGCUGUGGGCGCCCCGUGCAGGGCCGAGAGCAACGCGGAAGAUCCCCACCGCUCUGGAGACCCUGGCUCCCCCCUGCAAAGGACCUGGGCCGGCAGCACACGGACCAGACGGACACAGCCUGUGGCAGCGGGACGCUGGUGGAUGGCGGCUCCGGCAAGGCGGCGGCGCUGUUCCGGCACCCCGUCAGACUCUUGUGGCCCCGAUCCAGGUCCUUCGAUUACCUCUACAGCGAGGGGGAGAAGCUGCUGGAGAACUUCCCCGUGCAGGCCACCAUCAGCCUCUACGAGGACUCGGACAGCGAGGAGGAGGAGGAGGAGGAGGAAGGCUGGGGCGAGGAAGGGCAGGCGGAGGAGGGGAAGCAGCAGGCAGGGGAGGCUGUGUUACAAGGAGAGGGAGGCUGCCCUCAGGGCAGAGCUGGGCCCAGCCAGCCAAUAAAGCUCUGUCCGAAAUGACCCCUCCACCCUGUGCCCAGUGUACAUGGGCAAGACUCAGCUGUGGGGAUAAAUGCCAUCACCUCCCCUGGCACUGCUGUUAAAGGAGCCUGCCAGAGUCUCUGCCCCAUGGGACCCCGGCCCUUGCCCUCCGACGCCAGGGUGAGCGUGGGCAUGAAGAGGGGCCAGCGGGAGUGUCCAGAAGCUUUCCCCAGUCUCUGCGGCAAGGGGCACAGUUCAAACCCCAGGGCUGCAAAACUCCCAGGGGAUCCUGCUGGAGGCGAGAGGCCCACGCACCUGUCCCAGGUGAGCACCGAGAGCCGGGGCGGCUGGGCUACGUGUCCGCUGGGGGAGGAGUCCUGCCUUCCAGGCCAUACGCUCCCCUGAGCAAUGCCCGCUGAGGGCAGCUUGUCCUACUGCACCAGCCCCGCUGGGAGCCAGGGGAGGGGUCUCAAAGAAGAGCCCUGAGCAGACAGAGCCCUGGGAGCUGGCUCAGAGCCAGUCUUCCCACCUGCUCCCUCUGAAUCGAAGUGGAUGUCUGCACCCACAGGUUGGGGCGGGGGUGGGGAGAGGUCACACUGAUGCUCAGCUGUGGUCUCAGGGUUUCGGUCUGUGUGUUGGGGGGGGUAAUUUAUAGCUGGGCUU